AUACUGUACCUACCAACAGCAUCAACAGCCAUGGGGCAGGCUAGGGCUCAACUCCUAGCCUCCCUAGCGGCUAUCUACCUCAUCCUAGCCAUCCCUCAUGUCACCGGUGGCCUGACCGAUGACCUGGAGAUAAUGUGGGGCAAUGCAAAGGUGGUCACUGACAUCUCUGGCCAACAGGCCAUCGCUCUGACUCUCGACCAAUCGACUAGCUCUGCAUUCCGGUCAAAGAAGACAUGCCAAUUUUGCAGGAUCGACGUGGAGAUCAAGCUCGUCCCAGGGAACUCGGCUGGCACUGUUACCACAUUUUAUAUGGUAACAGAGGGAGCAUGGCAGUACCAUGAUGAGAUCGACAUUGAGUUUCUGGGGAACAGCACUGGGCAGCCCUACACCAUGCACACUAACAUGUAUGCCAGAGGACAAGGUGGCAGAGAGAAGCAGUACAAGUUUGAUUUUGAUCCCACUCAAGAUUACCACAAGUACACCAUCAUCUGGAAUAAAGACUGGAUCUUAUUUCUUGUCGAUGACAAGCUGUACCGGCAGAUCAAGAACAACCAGAUAUACGGUGCCCCGUACCCAUACUAUUAUCCAAUGAGGGUGUAUGCCACCAUCUGGAACGCCGACAACUGGGCAACACAAGGCGGGCAGGUCAAGACCGACUGGUCGCAGGCGCCAUUCACGGCAUACUUCCGGAACUACAGGGCCAUCCCAUGCCCCCAAUACGAGAACAACCCCUUGUGUCUCCCAGGCUCCGGUUGGUUUAACCAGCAGCUGGAUGAGUCACGGAAACAGCAAAUGACACAGGUGGACUCCAAUAACAAGAUAUAUGAUUACUGCAAAGACCCCAAGAGGUACAAGAAUGGGCCGCCCCCAAGGGAGUGUGAGUUAAAUUAAAGUAGCAGUGAUUCAUCCAGCAGAUAGAGAGGGUGAGAGGUGUAUUUUAUGAUUCAGCAAUUCACCAUCAUUCUUUUCAAGAUGAACAGUUCAAUUAACAUUUUGUCCAUUGCGUUUAAAUAGAGAAAAUAAAUAAUAACAUCAGAUCACGUGCAUCCAGAUAUUGGUUGUGCA